AAACCCAUGGCAAAAUGGAGCGUGAAAGCAGCCGUGAUCGGAGCUGGCAUGUCGGGUCUCGUGGCAGCCCGAGAGCUCCGUCGAGAAGGCCACACCGUGGUGGUCUUCGAGAAGGGCAGCAAAGUCAACAGCAUGUGGGUCUACGACCCCUGGGUCAAGUCCGAUCUGUCGGGCCUCGAUCAGGCUCAUGAGGUCGUCCACAGCAGCAUGUACAAGUCGCUUCGAACAAACCUCCCGAGGCCAAUCAUGGGGUUCUUGGACUACCCGUUCGAAGCGAAACACGGUGUCGGAGUUGAUCCUAGGCCAUUUCCAGGUGACGAGGAGAUGCUCCGGUUCCCGCGAGGUUUCACGGCGGAUUCCGGGGUGGUCAAGCUGGUCUGAUUCGAGCAUGAAGUGGUUUGGGUCGAGCGAGUCAUCGAGGGGAGGAAUGAGGAGUGGGAUGUGGAGUGGCGGACGCCGGACGGCGAAGUGCGUGCGGAGGUGUUUGAGGCCGUGGUCGUCUGCAAUGGCAAGUAUACCGAGCCAAGGCUAGCUGAAUUUCCAGGUAGAAGUACUUGGGGAGGAGAACAAAUAUAUAGCCAUAACUUUCGAGUUCCCGAACCAUACAAAGAUAAGAUUGUAGUGAUCAUUGGAAAUGGACCGAGCGCGAUCGACAUUGCGAACGACAUCCUACACGUCGCGAAAGAAGUUCACCUAGCUUCAAAAGAAGUCACCAAGUUUAAGAUUCAUGGCGGCCUAUACCGACAUUCCCCGAUUGAUUACGCCCAAGAUGACGGGAAACUAGUCUUCCAAAAUGGAUCAUCGAUACGUGCAAAUGCUAUCAUCCAUUGUUCCCGGUACAAGUACCACUUCCCAUUUCUCAAAACAAAUGGAAUCGUGAACAUGGACGAUAACCGUGUCGCACCUUUGUAUAAACACGUUUUCCCGCCCGCGCUAGCUCCGUCGCUCACUUUCAUCUUCAUACCAUGUCGGACUAUUUCAACUCUCCUCAGCGAGUUACAAUCAAGCUGGGUAGCAAAAAUUUUACCUGGGAAAUUACUGUUGCCAAGUAAAGAAGAGAUGACGUCAUCGGUUCAAGAACAUUGCCAACAGAUCGAGGCGGUCUUAUGGCCCAAGCGUCAUACUCACAGGCUUCAAUUGGAAAAGUUUGAUUAUGAGAAUUGGCUUGCUGGAGAGUAGGGACUACCGCCACUAGAGAAAUGGAGACAAAACAUGUUUUCUACUUCGUUGAAUCUUCUGAUGAGGUUUGGUGAGAAUUGGAGAGACACUUGGGAUGUUGAGAAAUGGAUGAAAGAAGAAGAAGAGGAGGAAGGAAAAGAAGAGUCGGACAACAUUAUUUGCACUUUGGAAUGCUAUAAGUUGUAGAAACAAGGAUGCUGCACGUGGGGA